ACUAUAUAGCAACGAAUACCAACACGGAAAAGUCCAGCAAAUGGUUUAAAUGUCAACCAGUUGGUGUAAACAAACUGGGAUGCUUCAUGCGCAUCAUGGCGGAGAAUGCAGAUAAGCGGUCAUAAGAAUCUGCAGAGUGUCAACAGCUACUCAACAAUAAACUGCAGUCAACAACGGACAAUAUCACGGGUAUUGUCAAACUCGUCAAUGACGUCAUCACAACAACCUGCUGUCACAAGGCCUACAGUGAAUUUUUUAUCCUCGUGUUCGUCGGGGUCGAUGACGAAGACAGGCACAGGCUUCAACGCCACUCCAUUCCUGUUUGGGGGCCCGAUUUAUGGUGGUACAUUCAAUGUGACCAUUAACAACGCCACUCCUGCCAUCACACCAAGAAAACGGUGUCGUGCCAUUGACAGUGCCAGUGACAGCGAUUGAAUGGACGGUUUGGCGGGAAAGCCGCUCCACGCAACCAGGUACUCCGCGGAAUAUAGUGCGCAGUUUCGUUUGUGUGAAAAGAACAUUUUAUUCUAAUUUCUGCUAAUAUUAUUAUUAUUGGCUGAUAUAACCAUUAUGUAGAUUUUAUUAAAUGUCAUAAAUUAUAUCACUUAUCAACACUUUCGUAUUUUCCUUUUUUUGCAUAUUAAUUAACUUCAGGUCAUAUCCUUGUGCCCUAUACAAUAUAAACGUAAACAACACCCGUGUGUAAAUAAGGUCACUCCCUCCUCGGCAUUACGUUUGUAUUUUGGUAGAAACAGGUCACACAAGCUCGUGGUUGUUUGUAUACGGGAUUUCUGAAACUCUCGUUAGUUAUUUUUCAAAAGUUACAAAAAACACUCGCUAAAGUUCGUU